AUGAAAUUUCGCGUUGAGCACGCCGAGGAGACGUCAGCUCGGCUCCAAUACGAUCUGAAAAACGUUGUUGGCAGUGUUCGUUCGCUUGUGUCUGAUCUAACAGACAAUUUCAAUUCAUCGCAGGUCAUUCAGAGGCAAAUAUAUCUGACGCGCGCACAGGAGGAUCAGAGUAUAAAUAAGACCUACCAUAACACCGAAAUCUUAAAUACAAUUACUGUGAAUCUGACAAGGAAGCUCUCUCUUCUUGAGUUUACAGAAGAUCAGCUUAAAGAACUUGCUCUUGGCCUGAGUUACAUCUCCGUUAAUGAUGUUGCUAAGGCAGGUAGCCUUUAUGAUGGUUAUGAUGAGGUAAACGAAUGUCAUAUUCUGGAUGAAGACCGCGUAAUUGACGAAAUUGAACCAAAGAUGGAAGACGGAGGGCAGAUUCUUGAUUAUCAUUCCUGCGAUUUUUUCCCGGAAAGAUGGUUUGAUGCAGUUUUUGUGCUCCGCACAGACAACCAAAUUCUGUAUCCGAGACUUGCAUCUCGGGGAUACAAGCUGAAGAAAAUUCAGGAUUUGAUUCAUUGUGAGAUCGUUCAGGUCGUUCUCGACGAAGCUCGUGAUUCGUACGACGUUGAAAUUGUACAUGAGCUUAGGAGCGAUACACUCGAUGAUCUGGCUCGAAAUAUUGAGACAAUUGUUACCUGGAUUGAGUGUUGGAAAAGGGAUCAUAACAAUUGA